GUCAAGAGCCUUAAAGCACCUUUUUUGGCAACAGGUUGCUUUGCAAAUACAGAACAGUAAACAAGAAAUGGAAAAGUUAAGUUCAUCAUUUCAAUGUAUUUGUAAGUAGUAGGAACAAAUAAAGCUUUGUGGUGAUGUAGUUGCAUUAUAUUGAAGACCAAAAUCACAGCAGUGGCAGCAGUCAUUGGGAAAUCUGUCAGCUGAGAUGACUGACAUCUGUCCUGGAGAAUGAGUGCAAAGUAGUUUUUAAUAGGAGGCCUCUUGGGAGGGAGCAGAGGUUGCACCGCUGAAACUCGUGGCUGCUUAGCGAAGGUACGCGUGCAGCAUGGACCAUCUUUCAGCUGCUUCUGCCCAAAGGGUGGGGAGAAAGAAUGAUGUUUUGUGGCUUGUGGGAUUUGAAGAACUGAAUUUUCAAUAUAGAAUUCAAGCAGAAGAAAGUUGGGAAGAUGCAUCCACUUGGACUGUGUAAUAGCAAUGAUGAGGAAGACCUAUAUGAAUAUGGCUGGGUAGGAGUGGUGAAACUGGAACAGCCAGAGUUGGAGCCUAAGCCAUGCCUCACUGUCUUGGGAAAGGCAAAACGAGCAGUACAGCGAGGAGCCACAGCAGUCAUCUUUGAUGUUUCUGAAAACCCAGAUGCCAUUGAUCAGCUGAACCAGGGCUCAGAGGACCCUCUGAAGAGACCAGUGGUGUAUGUGAAGGGAGCUGAUGCUGUCAAGCUGAUGAACAUCGUUAACAAGCAGAAAGUGGCACGAGCAAGGAUUCAGCAUCGCCCCCCACGGCAACCAACCGAGUACUUUGACAUGGGAAUUUUCCUGGCCUUCUUUGUGGUUGUGUCUCUUGUUUGCCUUAUUCUUCUUGUCAAGAUCAAACUAAAACAGCGACGUAGUCAGAAUUCCAUGAACAGGCUUGCAGUGCAAGCACUGGAAAAAAUGGAAACCCGGAAGUUUAAGUCCAAAAGUAAGGGACAUCGGGAAGGUAGCUGUGGAGCACUGGACACACUCAGCAGCAGCUCCACCUCUGACUGUGCAAUCUGCUUGGAGAAGUACAUUGAUGGGGAGGAACUGCGUGUUAUUCCCUGCACUCACCGAUUUCACAAGAAAUGUGUGGAUCCUUGGCUACUGCAGCAUCACACCUGCCCUCACUGCCGCCAUAACAUCAUAGAACAGAAGAAGGGAAAUGCAGGUCCAGUCUGUUUGGAAUCCAUCAACCCAGCACGCAGCCGGCAGCAGAGGGUGAUUCUGCCUGUCCAUUACCCAGGCCGAGUGCACAGAGCAAACCAGGUAACAGCAUAUCCUACUCGGACAAGCAUGGACCCUCAUGGAAACCCCAUCACGGUGCUUACAGUUGAGCGACAUGGUGAUCAGAGCCUCUACCAAGCCCCGUCCCCAGCCUAUAUCCGAAGUUACCAGCCUAUUCAUUUGGACCAUGGACCAAACAUGCAUCACUGUAGCCUGGAACAUAGGGCUUACUCUCCAGCACACAACUUCCGAAGAUCCAAGUUUGGGCGCAACUUUUCCAAAGCAGCAUGCGUUUCCCAAUAUGAGACCAUGUAUCAGCACUACUACUUCCAAGGCCUUAGUUACCCUGAGCAAGAUGGACAGCUUCCAGCUGGCAUUUCCUCAAAGGGUCCUUCCCGUGCCUUUCAGCCUGGUAGCAGCAUGCUUUUCCCUCCUGUGGUACAUGUAGUGCCCUCAUCCCGCUUGGAGAGUGGCAGUACCUCCAGCUUUAGCUGCUAUCAUGGGCAUCGUUCAGUCUGCAGUGGAUAUCUGGCUGAUUGCCCUGGGAGUGACAGCAGCAGCAGCAGUUCUGGUCACUGUCACUGCUCCUCUAGUGAUUCCAUGGUUGACUGCACAGAGGUCAGCAACCAGGGGGUUUAUGGGAGCUGCUCCACCUUCCGCAGCUCUUUGAGCAGUGACUAUGACCCAUACGUUUACCGCAGUAAGAGCCCUUGCCGAGUAGGUGAGGUUGGUGGUGCAAACAGGGGUGCAAUUGUUCUCUUGGAGGGCCCCCACCAGGAUGAGCUCCCAGCUCAUGGUCACAGUCUGGUGGGUGCUGACUGCCGGCCUGUGCCAGCUUCUUCCUCAGGGGACCAACUGUCUAAUUGCAGCAUGGAUACGAACUAUAGCAGUAAUUCCUCGCUCGAGCACAGGGAUGCAAAUGGCACUACCUCAGAGAGAGGACAUGAGGCCACUCCUGGUACUGCCUUGGAUGUUAAAAGGAACUGGAAGAAUCCAGAGAUAGCAGGGCCACUUAUGGAGCAAGCAUGUGCAUACUGCUUUGAAUUCCAGCACUCUGCCCUGGAGCCUAGCAAUGGGACAGCUGACUGUAAUGCACUCUUCCUUAGCUCUCAACUGUGGGGGACGUGUGGCCCAGGAAUAGAACCACAGUCAGGGAACAUCCCGGGCUUGUACAGUAUUAACUCAGACCACUUGCGUAGGACAGAUGGAGUAAAAUAUGAGGGGUUGCCCUGCUGCUUCUAUGAAGAGAAGCAGGUAGCCUAUAGUAGCAACAGUGGCAGCGGAGGUGGUGGCUGCUAUACAGAAGACUAUGCAGUGAAUGUGCAGUACACGCUUCCUGAUGACACCUUGCCAAGCUGCUGUAAGAGUGUCUGUGAUCUGGGUCAACGCAUUCCCAUAAUUCCUGAAGACAGAGACUGUGAGCUGAUCCUUCCUGCAGAGUGCCAAGGGACCCACACAGGAGGCUGUAGUUCCUGGGAUGGAACACCUGAGCUAGAUACUUACCUGCACUGCCAAGGUAUAGGAGAGGUACAGGACGAGAGGGAGGUCUGCUAUGAGACAACAUCAUUUCUGCAGCAGAACUACUCUCGGGAGGAAGAAGCUGGAAUGCUCUUUCCCAGUCCCACUUUGAACUCCCAGAAGCUGAUGAUGACCACAAAGGCCACAGGUGCUGGAUCUCAUCCCUUGGAGAGAAGCCAAAUCGGUGACUAGACCUGUCCAGAUGAUCCCAGAUGGAGAAGUGGAGCUUAUCAGAGACUUCAAAUUCUCAUGAAGCUGAUUUUUUUAAGCUUUGACAAACAGACAAAAGUGGUAAUGUGGAGAAGUCCCCCCCCACUUCCUCUUCCUCUGUGUCCACAUUGGCUUGGUUGUCUCCUUUGUCCCUCUUGCCUGAAGCUUUCAGGCCUCCAUUUGUGAGCAAAGCCCAUGAGGGACAUGGUAUGGAGUAUUUCUGAGCUCUAGUGCCAUUUCUAUAUUAAUAACAAAGUGUUAUUUAUAUUUUCUUUUUAGAAGUGACCGUGUCAGCUCUUGCUGAGAGGUAACACGGUGUGUUGAAUAAGCCAGGCUAUAUGUAGAUGCUGUUACCUCCUACAUAAAGGAGUCCAGCCUUUGAUAAGCUCAGGGCUACAUCUGCCUUAGAAACCAGAUAGCACCUUGAAAUAUAGUAGUCCAGAAGGAUACAGCUUCUGUAUGGAUGCUCAGAUACUGACUAAUCCUAGUGGCAAAUCUUAGUAGCCAGCAAGUUACAUGAGCAAUUUUAAGGAAGCUGAAGCAUUGGACUGUCUCCUUUCUCCUCUUCCCUUCUCCCCUUUUCAUGCUGCUCUGAUGAUUUAACUAGGAAGGGUCUCCUGCCAUUAUGAUUAAUUUUAACAGAGUGGGGGUAGGGAAACAGAUAGCUCUGAAUGUUUUCCUCCUCACUUCCUGCUAAACGAUGGACCUCAUUUAUCUUCUGACUGGUGAAGAAUGAUGGGGACCCCUCCCUCAUACAGAUUCUACAAGGGAGUGUUUAGAAAGGGUAAUACCUUUGUAGGUAAUGAACCUUGCCUUCCAUAGGAAGUUCUCCAGGCACCUGUAGCUCAUGUUACGGCUGUGAGGAAUGGUGGCAUAUGCAGGAAAACAAGAGCUUGCAGCUUGGCUGCCUCAUUUUGGAAACAGGUCAGGUGUCUUGUUUUCUUAAAAGACUGCAAGCAUGCCUAAGGGAAGGAGUGCUUGUUACCUUUUGUGUGUGUGUAAAACUGAGGGACUUGGUUUAAUCAAUGUUUUCUUUGCUGUGGUUGAUGUAGCUUCCAUAGAUUGAUCUGUUUUAAAGGUUUCUUGGGCCCAGCUAGUUGUGCUUAAUUUUUUUGUUUUGUGUACAGAGUGCUCUCUGUACUGCAUUAGCCUGGGCACAUACUUUCGUUCUUGUUCUUGUACUAGUGGGGAUGUUUGUUAUCAUGAGAUAAUACAUAUCGUCACUUCUGAUAGCAGUCGUUUCCUGUGGAAACAGCAGCUUCUGACUAAGAGGCUAUCAUAGCAUGGUUUAAGUUGCCUGUCAUGCUGCAUGUGCCUGAGGACACAGUGUCAUCCUGUCUGGUGUAUUCACAGCAGGAAUUCUCCUAAAGGGAAACUAAUUAUUUAAUGCCCACAGUGCUAGUCUUCUGCAAAGAUCUGUCUAAAGUUCAGUUUGCUUUGGAUAUACUUAAAAGACGUGAAAAAAAAGAUGUACCCUUCAUGUUACAUCUUUUUGCCAAAGUAAUGUCCUUGACAGCACUGGGCUAAUCGUAAGAACCAGCAAAGUUAACUUGUUUGCUUUGUAGUCCCAAAUGAAAUCUUUCAAAAGAAGUAAACAUCUAAGAAACAACAAAUAGAUUAAUCUGUUUACUUACUUUCUGUACUGAAUAAGUUAGGAAAAAAAUAAUUCUAUUUAAAGGCAUUCACAUUAAGUCUUUUUAAAUGAACAAACACCAAAAUCUAGCUGUUCAGAAAACUAAUAGAAGGCAAUAGCUGGGUAUAAGGCUAAGAGAAAAAUUCCAGUAAACACAGUUUCUGUGUAUAAAGCUUAUGGAAAAAUGAUUCAUUCUCUGAAUGACUGAAGUGGUAUGUGUUGGGAGAAUAAACUUGAAAGGUUUGAAGGUUUUGUUUGGUUGUUUUUCAAGUCUUACUUUUCUCCUUCCUCCACUCAAAAGGAAUGCAUUGUAGAAGCUAUGGUGUAUUACCUUGGUUAUUCUGCUUCCUGUUUUGUGAGGCACAGCCAAAGGCCACCGAAGAUGCACCGUACUGUGUAACUACACAGCAUGUUGUGUUAAAAUGUGGUUAUAAAAAGAAAUUUGAAUAUUCGGGCUCAUGGUGGUUUUGGAUGUACUGGUCUCAUUCACUUGCUGUAGAAAUCUGCCAGUACAAUGGUCUUGGCAGGCAUUAGCGCAGAGGUACCCUAUGCCUGGAUACUGUGGUUAGUUUUAUAGUCAACAUUUAGUUAAUUCCCUGCUACCUGUAUGUCUGUACAGAUGGUUUUGUAACAAAAUGCCUUUCUACUACUUACGUGAACAGUUUUCAUUGUGUUUGGCUCAUGAGGCACUAUUUAAAAUGUUUUUAAUUAAAGUUAUAGCACUUAAAAUUUUUGUAUAAAAUUUGCUGUAAAGAUUUGUAAUAUGGUCAAAGGGCUCUUUCUCCUUCAUUACCAUUUUAAAAAUGUUUUAAAAGCUAGGAAACAUCUUGUAUAUAUUCUGUGUAUGUAUAGCAGCACAUUUCAUUUAUGGAAAUAUGUUCUCAGAAUAUUUAUUUACUAAUAUAUUUAUCUUAAGCCAUGUCUUAUGUUGAGAGUGUGUGACAAUAUUGUAAUAAUCAUUGAAAAAUCACUAACAUGAGGCUCUGUAAAUACAUGAUAAUUGCACACAAAGAUUUUACAGUACUUGCUGACCAAAAAUGAUACAAGAAACAUUGUAGUUACGUGAGUUUUGUAAGAAAGUGUACAAAUGUCUGUAUAAAAAGAAAAAAAAAAAAGGCAAAACUACACAAAAAUACAGUUUUAUUGCAUAUA